AUGCGGGAGACGGGGGUGCCCAGCGGAGCGGAGUCCCGGGAGCUAAAGGGGGGCCGCCAGGGGCCCGGCAGCCCGGCCCGGCAGACAAGAAAAGCUCAUCUGAUGGCCGAAGACAGACCUGCAGGGGCCGCCCUGAAGCCACCGGUGUUCUGUGUAGACGCCACCACGCAGGGGGUGGUGCAGAGCAUCCCGCUGGAGCGCCGGUGGGACAGAUUUGAUAAAGGAGAGCAGAACGUCGACGACUGGAAUCUGCCCUGGACCUCGUCCCGCACGGCGGAGCGCGUCAACGUUAAGCCGUGGCAAUGGCUGAACCACCGCCCGGGCGCCACGAGCGGCGAGGACCACCUGGCCAACCGCCCGAAGCACAUGAAGAGGAUGCACGGCGCCACCCGGUUCGAGUUCAUCCUGCUGACCUUCAUCAUGCCCAACGACCUCAGUAAGUUCAUGGCUGAACACUUCCGGGAGAAGCACGUGCUGGGCACCAAGCGCAGCUACUGGAUCUGCAAGGCCGCGGCGCUGUCUCGAGGGAGGGGGAUCGUCAUCUUCAGCGACAUUAAAGACUUAAUCUUGGAUGACACAAACAUAGUACAGAAAUAUAUCUGCAACCCUUUCCUCACGGGCAGAUAUAAGUGUGACCUCCGGAUCUACAUCUGCGUCACGGGCUUUAAGCCUUUGACCGUUUACGUUUAUCAGAAAGUUGUGCGGUUUGCCACGGAGAAGUUGGACCUGAGUCAUCUGCAAACAGUUAUGCCCACUUGACCCAGCAGCACCCACAAGUCUGGGGCCUCGUGUGAGAAAAUCAAAGAGGUGAUCAGUCGUGGGUGCAAGUGGGCCCUCAGCCAGUUCUUCUCUUACCGUCGCCGCUGGGACAGGGACGACCUGCUUCUGUGGCAGAAGGUCCACCACGUGGUUAUCCUCACCAUCGCUCCCUCAGUCCCCUUCGCUGCCAGCUGCUUCGAGCUCUUUGGGUUUGAUAUUUUGAUUGAUGACAGCUUGGAACCGUGGCUGCUGGAGGUCAACGUCAGCCCUGCCCUGUCCGUGGACUGCUCGGCAGACAUGUCAGUGAAGAGGAAACUCAUCCACAACACAAUUGAACUGACUUAUUUUCAGGGUCUGAGACAUGGGAGGGCAGAACGGGAAACGGCGAGCCGGAGGAAGGAUCUCCUCCUUUCAACAAGAGAACAGCCCAAAACCAAGCCAAAGUUCAAGGGCAGACACGCGCCCCACAAGGUGCUCAUUCUGUUCAUUCGGUCGUGGGCGCACCAGACGGGCACUCCCUGCACGUCGCCGCGACGCCAGCAAAGCGCCAGAUCCCAAGCAGGGAACUUUGUUCUCAUUUUUCCUUUCAGUGAAGCUACUUUCGGAGCUUCCAGGAAUGGAUUACGUGUCAAAAGAAUAAUCCGAGAACUCCAAAAACCAGUGAACAAGCAACACGCCCACGUGGCGGAAAAGGAAACAAAAGGAAGUGACACAGCUUCGGGAAAACCAAGGAUCCCCUUGGGGGGCACCGCGGUGGCUCAGCCCCGACCCUCCGCAUCCGGCACGUUGACCGUGUCACUGGAGCCACCGACGUGGGUGUAA